AUGGCAGUAGAAGUCAUCGACUAUCAGCGCUUGCUGGAACGAGACGACAAUGAGAUCAAAAGGCUGACCAGCAUCUGUUCCAAUACCGGGCUGUUCUUUUUGGACUUGAGGGGACCGGAAAGCAAUGCCCUGCUGGCAGACUUGCAGCCCAUCAUUGACGCUCAGCGCAACUUCUUUGGGCAGAAGCCUGAGAUGAAACUGCCGUACGCGAGCCCUCUCGAUGGUCGAGGAUACGACAGUUUUGACGAGAUUUUCGUGCAGAGACUCAAGUUAUCGCGAGAGGAGCAGAUUCAAGGCAGCCUUGCCCUGCCCAAAGACCUGCAAACGGUUGAGACCAAAGUCAACAACGUGUCCUCCAGAAUCGAUGCUAUUCUUCGCGACAUCUCCAUGCUGCUCUGUCAGAAUAUGGACCCUCCCAUUUCGACCAAGGUCGUGGACGAUCCAAGCAGCACUGGUCUGAGUAACUUGUGUCUGGGUAUAUCGGCUGCAAAAGCUGGAACGCCGGUGAUGGGUGAGCAUUUGGAUGAGGACCUCUUGACGAUUACGUUCUACGAUGAGCCUUUCCUGGAGGUUCUGGAUAGACAAGCUCAGACGUGGAAACUCGUUGAAGUGCUGGAACACUUACCCAUCGUAAAUGUUGGUGAUAGGUUUCAGAGCUUUUCUAAUGGUCGGCUGCAUGCGCCGCUGCAUCGAGUCAAACAGACACCAAACCAGAUAGAUCUCAUCAUGUAUGAUUUGGAUGCAAGUAUACAGCAGGUGUGUUAA